GAACAGGUCGCAUCUUCUCCCGAGGACACAUUUUCGCAUCGUGGUGAGGCGCACCGGUGAGGGACUCAGGCGGCGGGGUCCGCCGUCGUAGCCAGGGCACCGAGGAGGCUGUGCGAGGCGCACGCGCGGUGAAUACAAUGUUACUAUCUACAAGGAGUAUCGCGACUUUGCAACCGAGGAGCAAACAAAGCGCAAAGCCCUUCUCUGAUGGAUGCGUGACGGACCGCACCGUAUUACACAGUAGACCAUUUCCAGAAUUCUCACCGCGAUUUCCUCUUUUCCAGGGUUUUCCAUUGCUGUGUACUGUGUACCUUCCUGCCCAUGACGUAACCCCGCCCUGGGCUGAUCUGCUCACCCUCACCCUCACCCUCACCCUCAACCUUGUCCUGUUCUCUUGUAUCCCACUACAAUCCUGCUUGCUCGCCCGCCACCCCUCUCACUUCACCCGGACACUUUUCCUUCUCCUUUGCUUCCAACAAAGCCUCAAGCCUUGACAAACUCUGAAGCGAAAUCUCUACGCCACUCUUCCUUUUCCUUGACCGCAGUCAGCCUUCGCCCGGCUCUCCGGCCGCCCAGAACAUACCCAGCGUCUGACAGACUGGUUAUAUCCACGCUACUCCCAGGGCCCCGCGACCCUCGACGACUCUUCCACCAUUCCCUCUCGCACUCACCACCUCUUUUCCUGUCCCAUAUUCGCCG